UUUUUCGAUUCCUUUUUAUGUGUUUGUUUGAUUGACCAAGUUCGCGAUUACCGAUCGCAUACGCAAAUAGCAAACUUCGCUUAUCGCUUGCGCCGACAACUCAGGCCUUCAGAUAAUUCGCUGUCAAAAUUCCAUAUUGACGUAACAGCUCGUUCCUGGUCGAAUCUAUUUUAUUUUUAAUUUACGCUGAAAAAGUUACCUUCUGUGCGAAAAUGUCUCUUCUGAGAUCCGCCAACAUGCUGGCACGUUUUAUUAACCGGAAUCAGCUGGUCCUACAGUGCAUGGCAACACGGACGGUCCACAGCGAGACCCAGCAGAGCUCGGAGUCGACAAACGACCGCGAAUAUCCUCGGUUCCCAGGGGCAAAAGCUGCGUUCGUCGGCAAACCGACGGUUUCUCUGCCGCAAAGUGUAAAAACUAUCCCGAUCUAUCGGGUCAUGAAUGCGGACGGUGUGAUUGACGAUCCGGAGCAGGAUCCGAAGCUGAGUCGCGAAACGGUUCACAAAAUGUUCCGGGAUAUGGUACUGUUAAAUACGAUGGACAAAAUUCUGUACGAGUCGCAGCGACAGGGAAGAAUCUCGUUCUACAUGACAAAUUACGGGGAGGAAGCUAGUCAUAUCGGCAGUGCUGCUGCGUUGAGUCCGGAGGAUUGGGUCUUUGGUCAAUACCGGGAGGCUGGUGUGUUGGUGUGGCGCGGAUACACGAUUUCCGAUUUUGUCAAUCAGUGCUAUGGCAAUCGGGAGGAUGAAGGUAAAGGGCGUCAGAUGCCGGUGCACUAUGGAUCAAAGAAAUUGAAUUUCGUAACGAUCUCGUCGCCUCUGGGAACGCAGAUUCCUCAAGCCGUGGGUGCUGCUUACGCUUUUAAGCAGCAGCCAAACAAUGAUCGAUGUGUGAUCACGUACUUUGGCGAAGGUGCUGCUUCGGAAGGGGAUGCGCAUGCCGCGUUUAAUUUUGCCGCUACCCUGGACUGCCCGGUGAUCCUGUUCUGCCGAAACAAUGGAUUCGCCAUUUCGACUCCCUCGAAGGAACAGUACCGUGGUGAUGGAAUUGCUGGUCGUGCGGCUGGCUAUGGUAUUGCCGCUCUUCGAGUCGACGGCACGGAUGUCUUUGCAGUGUAUAACGCUACAAAGGUGGCGCGGGAAUACACUCUGAAACACAACAAACCGAUCGUGUUGGAAGCGAUGGCGUACAGAAUUAGCCACCAUUCGACUUCGGAUGAUAGCACUGCCUAUCGUCCGGCCGAGGAGCUGGAGGUUUGGAACACAAUCGAGUAUCCCGUUACGAAGCUCAAGAACUACAUGAAGCGGCGUCACUGGUUCGACGAGAAGGAGGAAUCUCUGCACGUUAAGGCUAUUCGGCAGCAGGUUUUGGCGCAGAUCAAUCAAUCGGAGAAGAUACCGAAACCGGACUGGCGUGAGGUAUUUCAGGAUGUGUAUCACGAGAUGCUACCGCAUUUGAAGGAUCAGAUGAAGCAGAUGGAGGAACACGUCGAGAAGUUCAAGGAACAUUAUCCGGUGAAGGAUUUUAAGAAUUGAUAUUUUCGCUUAAAUGUGUGCGGGUGACUUGCUCAAUGGAAAGUGCAUUUAUUUUUCGGUAGAUUGUAAGUUUAAAAUUGUCUUCCCAUGAUAUUGAAGCAUAUUAAAUAUGAAAGCGUAAGGGUGUUGUCGGUAUAUUCGGAGUAAGUGGAAAGGCAAGCUACGAGCUCUUCCUGUGUUACCAAUAGUCGCGUAUUUUUCUCAAAUGUUUUCUCAAAUUUUGUGCUUGCCUUUUUCACCUAGGCCGAAGAUUCCGAUGAUUACCUUAUUUGUUAGAUAAAUGAUA